GAAGAAGUCAUGACUGGAAAGAGGAAAGCCAGUUUCUCCCGUGUGUUCAUCGCAACUCUGCUGGCUGUGAUUCUGCUGCCUGCAUUCUUGUCUGCUGGACCAAUUGUGCAAAAGCCGAAAGGAGAUGCAGGGGAAAGUAUCCAGGAGAGGGCAGCUGCUGGAGAGUUACACAGGAGGCUGAUCCGCAAUCGCAGGAAUAUCAGCUGGUACAAACAGAACUCUGACUUCUGGGGCUGGUACAAGUACUUCACUGACAACGGCAACCAGGAGGCAGUUCAGGAGAUGGACCGCAUCUACCUGGCCUACCUCCAGAACAAGAACCGUGCUGAGGGACGUCGCUCCUACAAGGCCUACUUGCGCCACCUGGGGGAGAUCUACAAGUCCUGUGCCGAUUCUGAUGACCCCAACUGCGUUUCUUCCCAAACCAGCAGGCCCACACCUAAGCCAGAGGCCCCCAAACCUAAGCCUGUGAAAACUUGUGACCCCACCAAGGACGCCUACUGCCUGUAUGCUGCUUUGGUCCAGGGCAAGAGCCCCUACCUGCCCCUGGUGCUCCCGGCUCAGACCCCCGCCCCGGCACCAGUGAAGGCCCCAGCCCCUCUGUACACCCGCUCUGCUGCUCCAGCGAAAGACCCGCAGUCAGGGUAUUACUACUAUGCUCCAUCCGCAGUGUCUUUCCUUUCCAAGGAGCAGAAGGCCGAGCUGCUGCGUAUCUGCGCCUCUGAUGACGUGGAGUGUCUGCAGUACCACCUGAGAGCGGCCCACGGGUAUGGACCCUCCGCCGGACCCCUGCCUUCCUACGCCCACCUCGGCUGUGACCCCAAGAAAGACCCCAACUGCAAACCCAAACUUGUGCAGAAAGCCCCCUCUGGUCUCUACCUGCAGUACCCCAACUGUGAUCCACUCCGGGAUCCCCUCUGUGCCCAUGCUGCCUCCCUUGCGGCCCGUGCCCCUAACCCUCCUGCCCCUGCUGGCCCUGGAUCCUGCAACCCUCUUUAUGAAGAAGGCUGCAACCCUCUUACUGCCACUCGAUUUGCCACUCCCCCUGAGGCAUACAAAAAUGAGGAAAAAGAUGAGGCUGCUGCUAUUCGUGCUGCUCCCCCUGCUGAGCAGAACACUGACCCCUAUGCCAUGUUUAGGGAUGCUUAUGCGGCAGCCGCUAUGCAUCGCCACGGCCCUCCCACCCCCAGGCAGCAGUUCCCUUUUUCCAAUCCCAAUCAUGAAGAGCCUGCUCAGGAGGAGCACCACCCUCUGGGCCCCCCAGGUAAAACCAAGGAGGGCUAUGACUGCUUCAUAGGCUAUGAUCGUGAAUGCUACCCUGUGAAGCCCAACGAGCCUCGUUCUGGAGUUCACCGCCGCAUCCCCUACCCGGCCGAGGCGUACGAGCCCCACCUGAAUGCCGAUGGCACCCGAAACGGAGUCCUGGAGCCUUCCAACCCACACUGUGACCCUGAGUACGACCGUGACUGCCGCCUGCGCCGCUAUGAGCAUCAGCCCGAGCCCCAGCCUGAGUAUCACGCAGAGGAGGACCACAACCAGGGGGCAGCAGAGAGCGAACAGCAGCCAGAGCAGCAGGAGCAGGAGCAGUAUGAGACAGAGCCCUACCAGAGUGGCCAGGAGGAGCCUCACAUGUCCUACCAGCCACUGUCACAGGGUAUGCCCAGCCUCCAGGACAUACUGAGGCGCUACGGAGACCAGUACCCUGAGCAGGAGGAUCACAGAGCCUACGCAGGCGACUACCGCAACAAAUAACAUGCUAACACACACACACACACACACACACACACACAUGCAUGCAGAUGGACAUGAAUACACAAUCCCAUGAGUUCUUGUAGCUUAGCCAUUGACCGCCUCACGCAGCGCUCAAUCCUACCUGGACCAGAUAUGGGACACGAGAGAAGUUUAUGGACCCAAUGAGCGAGUAUGCACGCUCAGAAAGCCGAGGGUGUUCCAGCAAUGUUUUCAUCUCUUUAGCUGCUUUAGAACUGUUGCUUUGGCCUAUUGCUUUCCAAUUUCCACUUCCUCAAACCACCCGAAUGUGUAAUGACUUCUCAAUGCUCAGCUUUGCUUCUGUAUGCAUCUCUCCAAAUUUUUUUUUAAAAUUUGUUCGUUACCUU